ACGGUCAACCUCAGAGCGCAUAUAGUUAUACUGGAAUUGAAGGUUGUUGUAAGUUGUUUUUAGUUCUCUGUAUCUAUGUCUGCGAUAUGAAAAACGAGAAGAAAGGCUAUUUAGUUCAUUAUUUAAUCUAUUAUUUUCAACAAAAAAUUGAGCGACUUGAUCCAAAGCUGCUGAAAGAAGUUGUCGUUGAUGGUGGUUUUCUGUUUCUAAGCUAUCAAGACGUUGUUGACGAGCUUCUUCUUUCUGGUUGCGAAGAUUGUAUCGGCAUUUCAGCUGCGUUGUGA